AUGACUACCACGCCACCUGGGAAGACAAUUAUACACCAUAGUAGAGAUGACACCGAGUCCAGUCAGAUCUCAGGCUACAAUGCCUGUGGAAGCUGGAGCCAAGACCUGACCUAUUACGGCAUAGAUGUUGCCAACCAGAUGGGUCCGUUUGUGGACUCCGUGGCCACCUGCUCCCAGUAUGCCAAGUUCCGUUGUAACGGAGCGUCUGGCGUUGGUUCCUGCAACCAGGCUCAGGACAGAAGUGGCAUAGCAAUCCCUUACUGGGCCGGCGGUAAUAGCGUGAAUAAAUGUGCAUGUGGAAUUGCAGGAACCUGUGUUGAUGGCAGAACUGAUUGCAACUGUAACAAGAACGACAACGUGUGGAGAAUAGAUGAGGGGUAUUUUACUGACAAGUCCUUACUACCUAUAAAGAAAUUCCUCUCUGGUGGCACUGGAACCGCCGGGAAUUCUGCCUAUUACACUGUUGGUCCAUUAGAGUGUGAACCAGUAUUAAUUCUCAUCAAUUACGACAGAGUUAUUGUGGGCCACAUGCACGGUUAG